AUGAGAUUUUCAUAUGUCUUAAGUCUAUAUUUAGUGAUGGUAUCAGCCACUAUGAAGGAUUCCAAAACUAUUCUGACAGAAAUAGACACGUAACGCUCUGGAAGGAUAUUUUUAAAUGCUAUUCAGAUAGGCUUAGCAACAGGUUCACCAGUUCAUGAAAUCCAAAGUUAUAUUAAUAAUAUUAGAUUUAUGAUUGAAUAAGAAUAAAAAGAUGCUGACCUAUUUAUACAAAAUACGUAGGCUUCUUGUAACAGAUUAUUGCAUGACUUUGCUACAAAUUUGGCUUACCAUCAAUAGUAAUUUAAAGCUCAUUCUAAAAUCGUUGAAGAAAACUAAAGGAAUUUAGAACGUUCUUUAAACAAAAUUGCUGAGGUCUCUGUGGAAAUUGAAGAAAACCUAAGAAAAACAAAUGAGGGUUAGAGUGAAAGAGAUCUUUAAUACUCUGAAUUUUAAUCGAAACAAAAAGAUCACAUAGAAUCAAUUUCUGCUAUUGAUGAAGCUUAUGCAUUGAUUGAACAUUUAUCCGGUGGAUCUUCAUUCAUAUAAGUGAAAAGCAGAUUUACCAAAGUGUUGUCCAGAUUAUAAAAUCAAUCUACAUCUGCUGGAUUAUUGUUUUAACCGAUCAUAUCCAUGAUGACUUAAAUGAGCUCAAGAGCAGAUGCAGAUCAAGCAAAGAAGGUGUUACAACUGUUAGCCAACUUAAGAGUCCAAAUCGUGGAGAGCAAAUCCUAGGAUGAGGACAUUGAGAAAUAAUAGUCUUAAGGGUGGUAGAAGUUCUUAUCGGAUCUUAUCAAUGAGAGAAACACUCUCUAGGAUCAGAGGUAGAAUUUAGAAUAGGCAAUCUUGAAUUACUAGAGCAUAAUUGAAGAAUCUGAAGGGAAAGUUGAGUAUCAUUAGGCUGAGGUAGAGAGAAAUUAAAAUAAUUUGGAUGGUCAAGAUUAAUGGUGCAGACAACAGUAGGAAAUUUAUUAAAUGGAAUCUUAACAAAGAGUUUAAUCGCUUGAUUUGAUUUCAAGGAUUGUGGAUCACAUUUAAGAUAAAAUUGUGACUCUGAAGGAGUACUUGAGAGAAAGAUUGCAAAUACACUGA